CUCCGAUUCAGUACGCCUGUGUGUAUUUAACACGAUAACGAGGUAAAAGUGUCAACAUAAUGGCCCAGGCACAUAAUUUUGAAGAUUUGGCGGAAACAGGGGAGGCACUAGUCCACUUAAUUGACAGUAGCAAACCUGAGAAUCAAAUAAGGCUGGUGAAUGGGGACUAUAAGGUCUUGUAUGAGCGACAUUUGGAAACACAAAAGACCGUGUCAGAGAUUUUAAAAGAUUUAGUCACGGCCGAGGAGCUUGUGGGCCAAGUGCUAGUGGACGUGGAGGAGCAGAAGACCCAGAAGAAGAAUGAGCUUGAUAGCCUGGGAGAGCAAGUUGGACAGCUCACAUCCAAGAGCCAAAUCAAUGACUCAGAGAUACAAUUUCUGCAGAGGGAGCUGGAGAGGCUGAAAAAUGCUGAACUUGAGCUUCAGACCUUGCAGCAAGAGGUGGAUGAAGACACCACAGAAGUCAUUCCUUCAGCUAUAUAUAUCGCUCAGCUGUACCACAAAGUAACCCACAUCAAGCUGGAGUAUGACACAGAGCCACACGUCCUGAAAGGAGUACACUACGGAACAGACCUAGCCACCCCCAUCAACAUUGACACCUCUAAGCGGUCGCGGUGUGACGUCAGCGAUCAACUGUGGGACUUUGUCAGCACGAAGUGGUAGAUGAGGGAUGGGCGUUCACGCAAAAGCAGAUGGCAAGAAAAUGCUUGUCCUGUACAUUUACUGUUUUGUUUUUUUAUUUAUUUUUAUUUUGUGUAAAUAAACAUCUUUUGUCUUGGCCUUUGCAGAUUGCUUAUUUCCAUCACUUUUUGCAGCAUUGUUUUAUUGCCAGAGCUCUCGGUAGGUUUACUAUAUGAUAGAACUGGCUGCAUGAGACAUUUCACUAGAUGUCACUCUAAAUCCAUAGAUGUUCCUUAGCAUGGACCCGCAAAGACCCCCGAGAUGAAACCACGCUAAAUAUUUCUUAUUGACAAGUCAUUCAAUAAGGUCUGGAAUGGAUAAUGAUUAGUUCUGAGGACGAGGCGAGCGCAUUUGAUGUGAAUUCAUACAUUUCUUAUUUACUUACAGACCAUUUCUUGGGAGUAAUUUUCUGCCACUGACAUCUGUGGAAACGUACUCGUUUUUUUUGUGCUGAUCUACCCACUAUCGGUAAAGCGCGACUGAAAAUGUGUCCGAUGCUCAUGGAAAACUGGCCCAAAAUUAUGACAUCGUUGACCUCCCGAAGAACCAAAAGUUUCCUAGCGGAAUUCCCAAGCUUUUGUAGUGUAAUGUGUCAAAAAUGGGAUUAGAAGUGGGACAAAUAAGAGAACCACGACAGUCAAAAUAGAUAAGAGCGUGAGUUCACAGUCGCUAAUUCCCGCCUGGAAAAUGAUAUGGGCUAUUAAAACCUCUGACCUCCUUAAGAGAAUUUCUGCCUUGUGCGGCGUGUCAGCGCUGGACACUUUGUAUCACGUUUGGCUUACUCACAAUAGGAAUUGAAACAAGUUGACAAUAUGGUAACCUUUAGCUACCAGCGCUGUGCAAUGAUUGUCGGUGCAGCCCUACGUGUGGUUGAGAGCGAGUGGCAUGGCAUGAGGUGCUGGAAAGUUUCACAUUCGCGUGUAUGAUAGUUCUUAUGAGUGUGUGGUUUCGUUGAUUUUCCAAACGAUAUGUAGGGCAUUAAAGUUGCUCGUUUCUGCAACUUCAUCUGUAGCCACAGUCGCUUGCCUAUUCAGAGUGGUUAGGUAGUGGUUACUAAGAUUUUUUUUUUUUAAAUGCUUGAAGACUUACUCCGUGUCUUGGUUUAAUUCGUUGAGAAGAAAACGUUCUGCACAACAAAAUAUGCAUGGCAUAUGCACUUUGGGGAAAAGCGUCACUGAUGGAUCUCACACACACACACACACAUAUGUAUGUAUGUA